AUGACCCGAAAGGUCAACUGCAUUUUAUAUCUCCUGCGUGUUAACUUCGCUUCUAUUGCCCUGGCAUUAUCUUCCACCACUGUACUAGCAUUCCCAUCAUACGGCUCCCUUGCUGGGCUUUCAGAGGCGGAAUUAGACCGUAUUAUUCCCUUGCUAGAAGCUCGUAACGCUGGCCCUCCUCCUGGACCACUGAAGAAUACUUCAACAAAAUUGGUCAACGACAAGAACCACCCCUGGAAGCCUCUCGGAUAUGGCGAUAUUCGAGGUCCUUGCCCUGGGUUAAACACACUGGCCUCCCAUGGGUGGCUUCCUCGAAACGGCAUCGCUACUCCGGCGCAAAUUGUCAACGCGGUGCAGGAAGGAUUCAAUAUGGGAAAUGAUUUGGCGGUCUUCGUCACAUACGCUGCGCAUCUCGUUGACGGCAAUCAGGUCACGGACUUGCUUAGCAUCGGUGGAAAGACGCCUCAAACAGGCCCUGACCCGCCCGCGCCUGCCAUUGUCGGUGGUCUCAAUACGCACGCCGUAUUUGAAGGUGAUGCAAGUAUGACUCGAGGAGACGCAUUUUUCGGAGAUAACCACAGCUUUAACGAAACACAGUUUGAUGAAUUUUCUGCCUUCAGCAACAAAUUCGGCGGGGGAUACUACAAUUUGAGCGUAGCAGCCGAGUUUAGAUGGCAGCGCAUUCAAGAAUCUAUUGCGACGAACCCAAACUUUUCUCUCAUCUCCCCCCGUUACUUCACGGCGUAUGCCGAGUCCGUGUUUCCCCUGGUAUUCUUCGUCGACGGCCGCGUAUCAGACGGACGGCUUAGCCUACCGAACGCGCGUGGGUUCUUCCAGAAUAGCCAAAUGCCCAAAGACUUCUUCCGGCCCAAUCAGUCUAUCGGCCUCAACGAAAUUGGUGAUGGGAUUAGCGCUAUUGCUAGUGCCCACCCUAUUGCGCCGGGAAAGAACGAGGGAGUUGGGAACUAUGUCCUCGACCCUACAUCUGCGGAUUUCGACCAUUUCUGCUUGCUUUACAUCAACUUCGUCAACCAGACCGUAAAGUCACUCUACCCCAAUCCCAAAGGCGUUUUGCUCGAUGCCUUGAAGAGGAAUCUCAACAAUUUCUACGGCCCACUCAACGGGUCGGAUUGUGAGCAGAUCUUCCCUUAUGGAAAGUAGAAUCUUUCGUCGAAAUACAUCAUGGACCAUUCGCCCUGUGACUUCGCACCUUCCUUUGUUUUGUUUAUUUAAGCAGUUGAUUGAAGUUCAGUAGUGUUCCCAGUGCGUUGGUGUACGACGGCAACUGGGUCGUGUGGUCGUCUCUGAACAACCACACUGCGUCCAAAAUUCCAGCGCAAUGGACUUCAUUAUCCU